AGUGACUAUUUUAAUGUUGGAUUAUUUUUCUCAAGAUUAAAAUUUUUUAGACUCUGUCCAUGGGAGUGUGACAGAUUUAAGACUUGAAUUUAUAUAUAUAUUUUUAGUAAAGUUUAGUACAAAAGUGCAUUGAAAUUUUUUCAGAAAAUACAAAUUUAAAUUUAGACCUCAGAAUUCAUUUUGUUAAACACUAUUAAUAUAUUUCAAAAAUCACUUUGAUUUUUUCUAAAAUUUUAAGAAUCUUUUGUGAGAUUUAUAACAAAAGAUGCGUGCGAAUUUCUAAUUUACUUUUUGAGCAGAAGUUUAAAUAUUUUUGGUGAAUCAAAGUGGAGACUUAUAAUAUUUUUAAAAUCUCAUAAAUGUGUUCUUGCCAAACAAUCAGUGUUUUUGCUCAAACGAAUAAUAAAAAUUCUGUACCAAGUCCCAAGUAGCGCCUUAAGCCUGACGCCCCAUUGAGGGUGUGGACUCUAAACCCGCGACUAGUCCAUUGUCUCAGCCUUGUGCACCUUCAACGCAAACAUGGAAGGAAUGGAGCAAUGGAGAGAUCAAUUUCAGCAAUUUCUGAAGGAAGCGCAGCAGAUGAUCGAUCAAAUACCGCCAACCCAGCUCUACACUGCUAUUGCUGUUCUACUCCUCACUCUUGUUCUUGCUUCGACAAUACGAUUAUUCAAGCGCAAGAAAUCUAAUACCAUUGUUCUUGCGGGGUUAAGUGGUGGUGGAAAAACUAUUCUUUUCUACCAGCUUCGAGAUGGUUCUUCCCAUCAAGGAACUGUAACUUCAAUGGAGCCAAAUGAGGGUACAUUUGUUCUGCAUUCUGAGAUGAACAAGAAGGAUAAACUGAAGCCUGUCCAUUUAGUUGAUGUUCCUGGGCAUUCUCGUCUUCGUCCUAAACUUGAUGAAUACUUACCCCAGGCAGCUGGCCUUGUUUUUGUGGUGGAUGCUUUAGAGUUUUUACCAAACUGCCGUGCAGCUGCCGAGUACCUGUAUGAUAUCCUGACCAAGGCCAGCAUUGUGAAGAAGAAAAUUCCUGUGCUCAUACUCUGCAACAAAACUGAUAAAGUGACUGCACACACCAAGGAAUUCAUCCGGAAACAACUGGAGAAGGAAAUUGACAAGCUGCGGGCGUCAAGAACUGCCAUAUCAGAAGCUGAUAUUGCUAAUGAAUUUACGCUUGGUGUAAAUGGGGAAGCCUUUGCAUUCUCCCAGUGCCAAAACAAAGUGACUGUUGCAGAGGCUUCUGGACUAACAGGGGAGACAGCUCAGGUUGAGCAGUUCAUCAGAGAGCAUGUAAAGCCUUAAAAAGGCUACUCCCACAGCUUCUUUCAAUUCUGGUGUUUGGAGGGCAUGAAGAUUAGCUGCUCCUGGGUUUCGAUGCAUGUUUCAAGCUGAUUUUACUUGCUACUCCUAGGUUGUACGUUCUGCUUCCACCAAACCAAAACAAAACGAAAAUAUUAUCAUCUACCAUGGUUGUUGAACGGCAGAAUUUUGAUCAGUUUGUCAUUUGAUAGAAUUCUUAGCUGCCCAAGAUUUAAGGGGAAACCAAAAUGAAAGAUGUUUGGAAAUCCAUAUAAAGAUUUGAGUCGUUGCAAAUC